UCAGUCGUUCUCCGGACGCCCAAGCGAACGUUUCGGAGCGAAAGCGGUUAUACGGUGUCUGUUGUUACUUGCUUCGCGAGCCUGGUUCCUGGCUUUUCUUGGCGCCACGAAUAUCUUACAUUCCCUCUACGUACUGAGUCUUCAAUACUCUUGUGAUAGUGCGGUGAUGAGCGUUGUAGUAGUAUAUUCGCUUCUAUAUUUCUCACUCAAAUGAGAAGACUCUACAUAGUGUGGGCCAAGCUGAUUUUCAUCUCAUAUUUUGUUUAUAAUGUACAAUAGUAUUUCGUGUUUUCUAUUUAUCAUAAAUCGUAAGGUGGUUUGCAAAAUUGGAUUAUAGUGAUCAAGCUUUGUGGAUAGUGUGUAUAGUGUGUGAUUGAACAGUUGAACAGUAUCGUUGGUGAGAUGAAAAAGAUGAUGAGGAGAAGCAGGUGAUGCUGUUGAGCUGUGAAAAUGUGGUGGCCUACGGUGCUGGUGUUUUGGUGGGUGGGUGCGUGUUUGGCUGUAGCGGACGCAGUCGUAGACGACCAGACGACCGAGCCGCUCGUGUAUGACGCACCCGACGACUGCCAGUGGUGGGUGCGCAGUGAUGGCGCCUCGGCCGCCUCCCCCGCCUCCACCAGCGACGAGGUGCUGCUCAGCUGCAAGCUGCGGACCAUCAACAGCGAGAUGGACACCACCAACUUCAGUGUGAUCCCGUCCGAGCACACCAUCUCACUGCGCAUCGAGUGCAACGACGAGAUCCGCUACAAGAGUUCUCUCAACGACCGCAGUUUCGCCCACUUGACACGCUUACGAGAACUCACUCUCGACGGCUGCAAACUGGCUAAAUGGCCGGCUGGCACCCUCACCGGCCUUAAAGAACUCAAAAACCUCACCGUCAGAACCAAAAACACUGAUUGGCCUGCUAUGAGUCUCGAGGUAUCCCCCGACAGCUUCCUCCCAGUCAGACAUCUAGAACGUCUCGAUUUGAGCUCCAACAACAUCUGGUCAUUCCCUGAAAACAUAUUCUGUCCACUGACAAACCUCGUGACACUGAACGUCAGUGCCAACCGACUUCAAGAUGUCAGUGAUUUGGGUUUCAGGGAGAAAACACCUCCCCCUCAACCCCUUAUCAGCACACAAGAUGAUAUCCCUGAAGAGGAAGUCCAAAACAAACCCACAACCAGCCCAUGCACAAUGGACAUUCAAGUACUUGAUACUUCUUGGAAUCAUUUUGUACUCAUACCAAUGAAUGGGUUCAGUGCUCUGAGGAGACUACGUGAGCUGUACAUACAUGACAACGAAAUAUCAAUGAUCACUGACAGAGCAUUAGCUGGUUUGAAAAACUUACAAAUUCUAAAUCUAUCUAAUAACAAAGUUGUCGCCUUGCCUCCUGAACUAUUCAGAGAGUGUGCAGAUGUUGUGAAGGAGAUUUAUUUACAGAAUAACUCGAUCAGUGUGCUUUCACCUGGAUUAUUCUCGAAUCUGAACCAACUGCUUGCUUUGGAUUUGUCGAGGAAUCAGUUAACAAGUGCGUGGAUCAAUAACGGCACGUUCUCGGGGCUUAUCAGACUUGUACUGCUCAAUCUCUCUCACAACCGUAUCUCCAAAUUGGAUCCGACACUCUUCCACGAUCUCUACACACUUCAAAUUCUAAAUUUGGAGCACAACAGUCUUGAAACCAUUCCUCCCGACACCUUCACACCAAUGAACAACCUACACACUCUUGUUUUAUCAUACAAUAAAAUCGCUUACCUUGAUGCUUAUGCACUGAAUGGAUUGUAUGUGCUGAGUACAUUGUCACUUGAUAACAAUGAAGUAGCUGACAUUCAUAAAGAUGCAUUUCAAAAUUGUACUGGGUUAUUAGACUUGAACUUGAACGGUAAUCAAUUAACAUCUGUUCCAAUAGCUCUCAAGGACAUGAGGUUAUUGAAAACUGUUGAUCUAGGAGAAAAUUCAAUAACUCAUCUUGAUGAACCUGGAUUUCAUGGAAUGACUAAUUUGUAUGGAUUGAGACUCAUUGGUAAUCAGCUUACAAAUUUAUCGAGAAAAGCAUUAUCAGAUUUGCCAUCGUUACAAAUUCUAAAUUUGGCUAGGAAUAAAAUCGUAUCAGUUGAGUCAGGUGCUUUUGAGAGUAACACCAAUCUACAAGCAAUCAGAUUAGACGCUAAUUAUUUAACUGAUAUUACAGAUACGUUCUCCAAAGUACCUAGCUUACUCUGGUUGAAUAUUAGUGAUAAUAAACUUGAAUGGUUCGAUUAUGAUCUGCUUCCUAGAGGACUACAGUGGUUGGAUUUGCAUAAGAAUAUGAUUACUGAUAUUGGAAAUAGAUAUGGAUCUGAUGUGAAUCUCAGUCUUCAAACGUUAGAUGUGAGUUUCAACAAGUUAACGAAGGUGUCUGCUUCUAAUCUGCCUAAUAGUUUGGAGUUGAUAUUUUUGAACGAUAAUUUUAUCACACAUGUUGAACCACACACGUUUUUGAAGAAGACAAACUUGACUAGAGUGGAUCUGUACGCGAAUCAGAUUGUGGAGAUGGAUUUGAAUGCUUUAUUAUUGACACCAGUGGACCCAGAUAAGGCUUUACCUGAGUUUUACAUUGGUGGAAAUCCUUUUCAAUGUGAUUGUACAAUGGAAUGGUUACAAAGGAUCAACCACCUGGAAAAUUUGAGGCAGCAUCCUAGGGUGCAGGAUUUGGAGAGUAUUUACUGCAAGUUGUUAUAUAGUAGGGAUCGUAUGUAUGUUCCGUUGGUGGAGGCGGAAUCGUCGCAGUUCUUGUGUGCGUAUAAGACACAUUGUUUCGCUCUGUGCACGUGUUGCGACUUUGACGCAUGUGACUGCGAGAUGACGUGUCCGUCGAACUGCACCUGCUAUCACGACCAGUCGUGGUCGGCCAACAUAGUCGACUGCUCCGCGGCCGGCUACACGCAGAUGCCAAGUCGCAUCCCCAUGGAUGCCACAGCUGUCUACCUCGACGGCAACAACUUCGGUGAACUAUCUAGUCAUUCAUUCAUCGGACGCAAAAACCUCAUCACACUCUACGCCAACAACUCCAACAUAGCUGCCAUAUAUAACCACACGUUCAGUGGAUUGAAAAGACUGAAAAUUUUGCAUUUAGAAAACAAUCAGAUCAAGGAGCUUCUUGGAUUCGAACUGAGCACACUCGAAGACCUGAAAGAACUGUAUUUACAAAAUAAUCUCAUCCAUCACAUCGAUAAUAGAACGUUCAUGGGGAUGAAAAAGCUUGAAGUGUUACGUGUUGAUGGGAAUCGUUUGACGAAGUUCUCAGUUUGGCAGUUGUCAGCAAAUCCUUAUCUGGUUGAGAUUGGACUCUCUGGCAACCAGUGGUCGUGUGAGUGUGAUUUCAUGGCUGAGUAUGCAGUUUGGUUGAGAAUCAAUUUAGCCAAAGUGAUGGAUGCAGGUAAGAUCCAGUGUAUGUUGAACAAUGUAACUAAUGCUAUGGGUCCACCGAUCUACGAUUUGAACGGUACCAUGUGUGAUAUGUUCCUAGGCGGUCCAAGAAUGGUCGGCAGAUACGCGAUCAACGAUUAUUUAUCGUUUUUUAUCUGUACAGUUUUUGCAUUUACUGCGUCGGUGGCAACCGUUUGUUUUUUAUUCUUGUAUAGACGUGAGUUGAGGGUAUGGAUCUAUUCGAGGUGUGGGCUGCGAAUGUGCUACAAGACGACGGCGUUUGAGGAGGAGCAGGACAGAGAUAGACUGUUUGACGCGUACGUCAGUUACAGUGUGAAGGAUGACGGGUUUGUGAGUGAGAUGCUGGCGCCGGGUCUGGAGCAGGGGGAUCCGGCGUUCAGGUUGUGUUUGCACUACAGAGACUUCAAUGUGAGCGCCUAUGUGGCCGAUACGAUCGUGGAAGCGGUCGAAUCGUCACGAAGGACUAUUGUGGUGCUAUCUAAGAACUUUAUACAGUCGGAGUGGUGCCGGUUUGAGUUCAAAUCGGCGCUACACGAGGUGUUGAAAGACAGGCGACGGCGCAUGAUCAUAGUGAUCUACGGAGAGCUGCCUCAGAAGGACCUGGAUCCCGACCUGAGGCUCUACCUGAAGACGAACACUACCAUCCAGUGGGGCGACCGCCAGUUCUGGCAGAAGUUGAGGUUCGCCAUGCCCGAUGCCAGGAAGUCAGCACCACUUCCUCCACCGCCGCUCUACAUGGAGAGGGUGGCGACGCCUCCACAGCAGUUCCAUCAUCACCAUCCUGGCAAGGGGUUGCUGCCUCCGCGCUUCCUCCACCACCCCAACAACCUGCAGAUGGCGCAGCACCGAGACUCUGCCAGGAGGAUAGUGCAACCCUUAUGGGCGUAGCGGAUAAUCGGCCACAGGUCUCGGAAAAAUUAAUUGAAGAACGAGAAUAAUUACCACAGCAACGGUAGCUAGUGAGUAUUUGUGAUAAAUAGAGUGCUAAUAUAGAAAUUAAAAUGAAAUUUGUACAGGUCUGUUAAUUUUAAAUUUACGUUGAGAUAAUUAAUUCUGUAAAUAUAAUUUCCGAUCUAUUUUGUUAAGUACAGUACUUAAGUCUCUAUGUAUAAGAAGUGAGCAUAUUUUUCUAUAACCCAAAUCGGCUAACAUAGAGAUGAUGGAUGAAUAAUUCUGAAGACUUAAUAGUUCAUGCAAUUGAAUUAAUAGAUGUAUCCAGCCAAAUAAUAAUUUGCUUUAUUGAUGUAGCUCAUUCGUACUCCUUGAAAGCAUUUGAUAGGUCCUUGUCAUUAAUAUUCACUGAAAUUUUAUAUUUAUCUUAUAAGCUAAAGCUAGAACUCGAAUAUUCAAAGAAUAAUUGUACUUUCUUAUUUUUCUGACCUGCUUGGCAAACAUUGAAUACUUUUAGAUGAUAAUAUUAUGUAGAACAAUGAAGAAGACUAGUAUUUGUUUUUCCAAAUAUAAUGCAAUUUCAAAUCUCUUUUCCAUGUUUAUGAGAACAAUAUUAUUUAAACAGCUUUGAAACUCUCGAAAAUCUCAACAAUAUGCUUGAGAAGUCAUACUAGAUGCUUUCUAGAAUUUUGAUACCGAUUUAUUAUACACAGUUAUUUUAAUACUUAGACAAGUUGAUAUUCUGCUAGGUUUUUGAUUCAUCACACAAGUCAAUCUCAAUGGAUAUUUUCAUGCAUUUCAUUAGGAGAAAUUCGACCUGAGAAUGAUUGAAACUAUUAGGCCUAUGAUAUUCGAGAAGAGUAUUGAAUUUAUAUUAGGUUCAGUAAGCCAGUUAAAUAGUCUGAUUGAUAGACCAAAACAUCGUGUUAGAGCUUACAUUGAAAAGUUUUUCUGUAUUUGAUUCUAGAUUUAGAUUAUUUUAAACAAUAGAGUACAACUCCAUAGUAAAAUUCAAGACACUUGUAUUUAGGAAAGUUGUAGGAAGUGACAGGUUGAAAAAAUGUCUCCAAUUUUGAUGAAAGAGAUCAUCCAUCGAUAACACUAUACAUCCAAUUCUAUCAUUUGAUUUCAAUAAAUUGUUCGGUUCAUUAAGUUUAUUGUAUUUUCUUACUAUAAAAUCUCCUUAGCCUACUUUUGAAGUUGAGAAAUUACUUCUCCUAACCAUGGUGGGUUUCUAUUAUCAAUAAGAUUCAUUAUCAAAUUCCAUUCAAAUCAAAGUAUGACUUGUACCGUAGAGUAAAAUAUGAACUGAAUAAUCAUUCCAAUAACUUAAUUUAUGUAAAUAUGAUAGUUAUCAACUUGAAACUGUUUCUAUUAUAAUAUUUGCACUCAUGCUCAAUGUUUUGCAUUUUUCAAGUCAAGUUCGAUACAAACUAUUUUUCUUGUAUAUCAAAAUAUAAAUUUUAUAAUUUGAGUGGGUAAUUGUAAAUGUUCAUUCAUUCUUCUGUAAAAGUUCAAUGUAUAAAUGUAAUUAUUGUGAAAAUAUUGAAUUUAAAGUUUUUAUUUAUCAAUCUCAGUUAUUAGAUAUAAACGUUGUAUAUCUGUAAAUAUGAUUAUCUUAAGGAAAACUAUGAUCAUUAUAAUGAAUAUUUGAAUAAACUGAAUCUAUUUCGAUUUGUGCUAUGCAA